UUUCUGGUAUUGAUAACCACUGCCGGAAUUGAAGGUAUAAAAUGGUUUUUGUACCUUUUACUGGUAUUGAUAACCACUGCCGGAAUGUGACGCUUGGAGUCGGGUUGCUAGCAUCCGAAAGCAUUGAAUCAUAUAAGUGGCUUUUACAAUCAUUUUUGGACUCAUUUGGUAAGCAGCCGAAGGUGGUCGUCAUUGAUCAGGAUCCCGCGAUGAAACAAGCUAUCGAAGCAGUGUUCGAUAAGAGUAGGCACAGAUUAUGUAUGUGGCACAUAAUGAAGAAACUUGCUGAUAAGGUGGGACAUGAGUUGUGUAACAACGAAGAGUUCAAGAGACGUAUGUGUGACAUUGUAUGGACUGAUUCGAUUGCGCCAGAAACGUUUGAGAUAGAAUGGAAGCUGAUAAUGAUUGAAUUCGGUCUAACCGAGAAUAAAUGGACUGAUGAUUUGUUUGGCACGAGAUCUUCGUGGAUUCCAGCUUUCUAUCGUUACGAGCCUAUGUCUGGGCUUAUGCGGACCACCUCCAGAUCAGAGAGCGAAAACCAUUUUUUCUGUCAAGUGGCGAAUUCUCAACUUACCUUUGUUGAGUUCUUUAACCAUUUUGAUGGUGCAAUGGACGUGCAAGGAUUUAACCAUCGGAAGAAUGACCAUAUAUCUAGAAAUACAAUCCCAGAUAACUUUUCUGAAUCUACUUUAGAGGAUGAUGCUAUGAUAAUGUACACUAGGUCAAUUUUUGCUGAUCAACAGUCAGAGUUACAAUGA